UCAUAGUCUUGUCGCAAGGGAAGGCCGCCAUAGUGAAGUCAGUUUGACUAUUCAUGUGAAGGGCCACAAGCAGAUCUGAUGAUGGACCCCCGUUCCAGUGCCCAGGACGUGACCCGAUGUGACCUGUGUGAGACCGCCGUAGUACAGAUGUACUGUGAUACGUGCCUCGUCAAUCUGUGUAAGGCCUGCGUGGGAGAACACACGUUUUCUGAUGAAUCCAAGAAACAUGAAAUUCGAAGGUUUCGAAAACCCACCCCCCUCUACCCUGGAUGUACCUCUCAUGAUAAAGAACGAUGUCAAAUGUUUUGUAAACAAUGUCACAUUCCAGUCUGCAUUACUUGUAUCGCUUCUGAUCAACAUUUAGGUCAUAAAAUAUUUAAAAUAAUGCAAAUUUUAGAGAAAAAGAAAGAAAAGAUUACCAAAGAGAAAACAGAAUUAAAUGAAACAAUUUAUCCAGCCUACCAGGACAUUGUUUCUGAUGUACAAAACAGAAUGAUUCAGUUAGAAAAGAAAUAUGGAGAUCUCUUAACAGCCAUCACAAAAUAUGGAGAGGACUGGCAUAAAGAAAUUGACAAACUUGUCAAGAAACUGAAAGCUGAAGUGGAGGAGAUGAAAACCACACAGUUACACAUUCUGCAGAAGCAUCUGGAUGAAGUGAACAAGACAAUUUCUGACAUCAACGAUGAAAUCAAUUCAAUGGAUGUUGCUUUGGACUCUAAUGACAUGUCCAAAGUAUUCAGUGUUUUGUCUAAUGUAGAUGAAUACAAAAAACUUCCACAAAAAAUUCUGCCCUCUUUACCUAAAUUCACCCCAGGAAGAUUUCACGGAGAACUAUAUAAACUGUUUGGAACUUUAUCAUCAAUUUCUGUCCAAUCAGAAGCACAUGGUUACAGUAUAAAGACAACACAGAAAUCCCCAGAAGCUGCAUCCUCUCCUGUCAUCAAACAGCUGCUUGAUGAACCACAGAUUGUCACCACCAUACACCCUGGGUUUAGAAACCUUUACAAUGUGGCCUGUCUGAGUGAUGAAGAAAUCUGGACAUGUGGAAAUAACAGCACAAUGAAACUUUUCAGCAUCAAUCAGGGAUCACUACUCAAGUCAAUCAGAACCAAAUCAGGGAACACUCCAACAGACAUAGCCGUGACAAACAGUGGGGAUCUGAUUUAUACUGAUUACUGGGAUAAAACUGUAAACAUUGUGAAGAAUGAAGAGAUACGGACCAUGAUCAGACUACAGAACUGGAAACCUCAUGGUGUCUGCAGUACCUCCUCUAGGGGUCUUCUGGUUAUCAUGGAGAGUGAUGAUCGAAAACAAUCCAAAGUUGUGCGUUACAUUGGCUCUACAGAGACAAAAACUAUUCAGUUUGAUGACCAGGGUCAACCUCUCUAUUCACCUGGUCUUCUCACUAAAUACAUCAGUGAGAACAAGAACCUGGAUAUCUGUGUGACUGACUGUGGAGCUAAAGCUGUGGUGGUUGUCAAUCAGGACGGCAAACUGAGGUUCAGGUACACUAGACAUACGAACAAACCAUUUGAUCCCCGAGAAAUCACAACAGACAGUCAGAGUCACAUCCUCACAGCUGAUGGUAACAAUCACUGUGUCCAUAUCAUAGACCAGGACGGACAGUUCCUCCGUUACAUAGACUGUGGACUGAGUGAAUCCCGGGUACUGUGUAUAGAUACAAACGACAAUCUGUUUGUUGCUGAAUUUAGUAACACACAACCGCCACAUAAAUUUACUGGUGGCCUUUUAAUGAUGGACCCCCGUACCAGUGCCCAGGAUGUGAUGCGAUGUGACCUGUGUGAGACCGCCAUAAAAACCCAGAAAUCCCCAGAAGCUGCAUCCUCUCCUGUCAUCAAACAGCUGCUUGAUGAACCACAUAUUGUCACCACCAUACACACUGGGUAUGAAAACCUUUACAAUGUGGCCUGUCUGAGUGAUGAAGAAAUCUGGACAUGUGGAAAUAACAGCACAAUUAAACUCUUCAGCAUCAAUCAGGGAUCACUACUCAAGUCAGUCAGAACCAAGUCUGGGAACUGGCCAACAGACCUAGCAGUAACAAACAGUGGGGAUCUGGUUUAUACUGAUUACAGAGAUAGAACUGUGAACAUUGUGGAGAAUGAAGAGAUACAGACCGUGAUCAGACUACAAAACUGGAAACCUCGUGGUGUCUGCAGUACUUCCUCUGGAGAUCUCCUGGUUACCAUGAUCAGUGAUGAUCACAAACAAUCCAAAGUUGUUCAUUACUCUGGCUCCACAGAGACACAAACCAUUCAGUUUGAUGAUCAGGGUCAACCCCUCUAUUCAUCUGUUUAUUACAUUAAAUACAUCAGUGAGAACAGGAACCUGGAUAUCUGCGUGGCUGACUGUGGAGUUAAAGCAGUAGUGGUGGUUAAUCAGGCCGGGAAACUGAGAUUUAGGUACACUGGACAUACUCCUACUCCAAAGAACAAACCAUUCAAUCCACAAGGAAUCACCACAGACAGUCAGAGUCACAUCCUCACAGCUGAUAAAAACAAUGACUGUGUCCACAUCAUAGACCAGGAUGGACAGUUCCUCCGUUACAUAGACUGUAGAUUGCGUUCUCCCUGGGGACUGUUGUUAGAUACAAAUGACAAUCUGUUUAUUUCUCAACAUAGAAACAAAAUAGUGAAGAAAAUCAAAUAUCAGCAGUGAAAUUAAACAUCAGUGAUGGAUUUAGACAGCAGUAAAAUUCAACAUCAGUGGUGAAUUUAGACAGCAGUGAAAUUAAACAUCGGUGAUAGUGAAAUUAAACAUCGGUGAUGAAUUUUGACAGCAGUGAAAUUAAACAUCAGCAAUGAAUUUAGACAGCAGUGAAAUUAAACAUCAUGCAGUGAUGAAUUUUGACAGCAGCAUUCCUCCUACAACUGGAUAGUUAUUACAUGUACUGAUAUUUACCUGAUAUCUUUCAGUGCAUUUCAUUUUUAUAUAUGAAGACCUUUAUAAGACAUUCAUUAAAAGAAGCAUAUGGAAUAAAGUAAAAUAUAAAUAUAUUCUAUUUGGAUCUGAUUUACAUGUAAAUGUAAUGUUAGACUAUGUGUGUUAUUGGAAAUUGAAAAGCAUUUAUUGAAAGCAUUAAGGUAAUUAUACAAACUUCUAUAUAAAAAAAAUUCACCACAAUUUUACAUGUACAAACAACUUGGACACUGUUGCCAUAUUUGAUUGAUUGAUUAAAUGAUGUUUUCUGCCACACUCAACAAUUUUUCAGUUAUCUGGUGGUGCCCAGUUUUUAUUGGUGGAAGAGAGAACCCAGAUACAAUGCAUAAUUUUCAUCCUUACUGUUUACGGAGUGCCAAAUUAACAAAAACUCAAAUGAUUGAAGAUAUUAAUUAUUUGAAGACAUAUCAUUAAUUUAUUCGAUGCAAGCAACAAUUCAAUUAAUUUAAAAGAUCUCUUCAAAUAAUUAGUGAUAUCUUCAAUUCUGAAUUAUUGCACGCAUUAAUUGAAUUGGUGAUAGCAUUAAUCAUUCUGCUGAAUUAAUUGAUGAGAGCAAUCAUUGAAUUGUUGCUGUCUUCAAAUGAAUUGAUGAUCGAUAUAAACAAUUGAAUUGAUGCACCCUGCAAUUCAAUGAAAGAUAGCAAUAAUUGAAUUAUUGCUCUCUUUAAUUGAAGUAAUGAUAUCAAGCUUAAUAAUUUACAUGGAAUUAAUGCACGCAUCCUUUUAAAGAGAGCAACAAUUCAAUUAAAGAGCUCAUUAAUUAAAAGAAUUAUCAUUCACAUCAUAUGAAUUAAUUGCAUUGAAGAGAGCAAUAAUUCUAUUAGAUCUGUACAUGAAUUGUUGUUUAUGUUAAUUUGAUGUUAAAUAGCUAUCUGAUCACCUAACUAUUAAUGCAAGGGUCCCGGGUUCUAUCUCUGAUGGAUCAAAAGAUUUAUCUCCCCUUCUUUGCUACAAUAACUUAGUAAUGUCCAUUUAUACAAGUAAAUUGUACCUGAAAUAUAAUGUACGUAAAAUUUUGAAUUAUUGAGAAAUGUUGCGCAUGUCAAUAACAUUAUAGUGUGAACCAACCCUAUACAGUUUGGAAUGUCUGCAUACUAUUUUGAUAAACUCAGUUUUUUGUUCCUAUUGGAGAGAUUAAUUCUAGUUAAAAAUAAAUCAGGC